AUUUGUCGUGGACGACGGAUCGGAGUGCGCCGAAAAGUGACGGCUUUUCUUUCUGAAGUCUUCCAAUCGUGUUCGUUCUGUAGCCACAGCUUGCUUUUGUUCGCCCCGUGCAUAGCAUUGUCGCGGUGGAGACCUGCAACAUUAGUGUUACACAGCGCCAGUCUAACGGUAUUCUGGAGGCAGAAAAACGAAGUGAACCUGAACGUCGCGUGUGCGUGGUUUAUGUUGCGUGCUGCUUUAGUUUAGGAGCUCGCUUUCUUCUUGUUGUCGUCGCCGACAAGACGACUGUGCUGUUAUCGUGUCGCCAAUUAACCUUCUGCCGCAUACCAUCCCAGUGAGUCCUGCAGUGCGCGUAUAUUGAGAUGGCGACAGGAGGCGAAGAGCCAAUGGCGGCUACCGAAGGGGACACUGGCCGAUUGAGUACGACGGAGAGAGUCGUGUCCAGUGUAGCCAUGCCGCCCAAACAGUUUCUCUCCAUGAAGGACGCGUUCGAUGAGAACGGAAAGCCCAACAUUGCUGCUCUCAAGGAGCACUUUCUCAAGGAGGGCCGCGUCGAAGAGGAAGUGGCGAAUAAAAUCAUCGACGACGCAACGAGUAUAUUGAGAAAGGAAAGCAACAUUCUUGAGGUGGAAGCACCGGUGACCGUGUGCGGCGAUAUCCACGGGCAAUUCUUCGACCUGGUCAAGCUUUUCGACGUUGGUGGCAGUCCCAGCAAUACCCGCUAUUUGUUCCUCGGUGAUUAUGUCGACAGAGGUUACUUCAGCAUGGAAUGUGUGCUCUAUCUCUGGUCGUUCAAGAUCCUUCAUCCCAAGACACUGUUCCUACUUCGUGGCAACCAUGAGUGUCGUCAUUUGUCGGACUAUUUCACAUUCAAGUCCGAGUGUAAGGUGAAAUACACCGAGGCGCUGUACGAUCGCUGCAUGGAGUCGUUUGAUGCCCUACCGCUGGCAGCGCUCAUGAACCAACAGUUUUUGUGCGUCCACGGCGGACUAUCGCCAGAGAUACACUCGCUGGAGGACAUCAACCAGAUCGAUCGCUUUCGCGAACCACCGGCGUUCGGUCCCAUGUGCGACCUCCUCUGGGCCGAUCCAUGCGAGGAUUUCGGUAAUGAGAAAAACACCGACCAUUACAUGCACAACAGCGUGCGAGGAUGUUCGUACUUCUUCACCUACGCGGCUACCUGCGAGUUCCUCGAGUCGAACAACCUUCUGUCGGUGAUCCGAGCUCACGAGGCGCAGGACCAAGGUUACAGGAUGUACCGAAAGUCCCAGGCGACAGGUUUCCCAUCGCUGAUUACAAUAUUCUCUGCUCCAAAUUAUCUGGAUGUAUACGGAAACAAGGCGGCUGUGCUGAAGUACGAGAAUAAUGUGAUGAACAUCCGUCAAUUCAAUUGCUCGCCUCACCCAUACUGGCUGCCCAACUUUAUGGAUGUGUUCACCUGGUCCAUUCCGUUUGUUGCGGAGAAAGUCACCGAGAUGUUGGUGCAUAUUCUCAACGCAUGCCCAGAUGACGAGCUGGAGGAGACCGCUGCGGACAAGGACGAACCUACUGGCGCUGGCAUGACUGCGCAACGCAAGGAAGUCAUCCGCGGUAAGAUACGUGCAAUUGGUCGCAUGUCGCGAACAUUUGCCGUGCUCCGCGAAGAGAAGGAAAUGGUGCUGAAGCUCAAAGGUCUUAUGCCCGGCGGUCAGCUCCCGCCCGGUGCUCUGUCUGGUGGUGCUGAGACACUGCAGAAAACGCUACUGGAUGUGCAGGACCAAGAUAUCCAGUCGUUCCAGGAUGCGCUUACGCUGGACAGGAUUAACGAGCGUGUGCCGCCGCGCCGUGAUGAUUCGCUGGCCAAUCUCCAUGAGCGCAACCCUAGCCAGUCGUGAUGCCAGUUGGUAUUAGCCAAUCUCUAGGAGUCCAGCAAUAGCCAGCCAUGACAACGUCUACGCCGUGAUGACUUGCUUUGCUUUGGCGUAUACAGUAUGACGAUGGUUGCAGAUGGAAGAAGCCAACACAAAGCUAAUGAUGUCAGGCAAGUCCGUUCCCUAACCUUGUACAUACCUCCCCUGUCAGUACAUAGUAACAGUGCUGGUGCCCGUGUGUGUGUCUGUGUGUGUGUACAUGUGGGUGUCAGCAUAUAUAUAUAUAUCGUGUGUUUGUGUGUGCGUGCACACGUGAUUGUGAUUGUGUGGUAUUACGUUGCUGAUGGAAAGGAGAGAUUCCUACACUGCCAGGGUGACCAUCUUAUCGUUAUAUCCUCUACGUGGCUUGUACGUGUUCUAAGCCCACAAUUGAGUUCUCAUCGAGUCUGUUAUGUUAUGAUCCUAUCAUACUUGCCGCUGCUGCGGAUAAUGAUGACACCGAUGACGAUGUAACUGCACAACAUGACUAUAUACAAUUCAAACGGACUAGUCUGAAAGCACUGGCUGUGUGUACACUGGUGUGUGCAUAUUCCUCGAUCUUUAUCGACUACGCCAAGCCUCUCACCGCUGCUGGUUCAGACAAACGCCGACAAGAACUGUGCGCGCCUGCUUGUGCGUGUGCGGACUGGCUGAUACUACACAACUAUAGUAAUUGUUUUAGUGUUUUUUUUUCUUUCACUUUCUGCUGUUCCCUUUGUGCUCGUGUAUACCUGUUUCUAGUCAAAGCACAUACAUGCUUUGCAGUUGGGUAUGACGUUCAGUUUUCCCAUUUGCGCUUUAGCUUAGCCAUGAAUGUAGUUAGUUCAGCAAAGUGUGUGUGUGUGUGUGUGUGUGCGUGCGUGUUUGUGAGUGUUUGUGAGUGCUAGUCUUGUGAAAUCUCUCUCCAGAGGAAGAGAAUUGCUGCUGCUGGCGGCCAGUUAGUUCCUCUAUUGUGUCUGGCGUGGCGACAAUUGGACGGAAUUUUAAAGGAUUUGCAGUAUGUAAAUUUAGUUGGGUCAUAUGCAAUGUUUUUGUUGUUGUGCCACUUCAUUUUUUUCUCCUUUUUCUUUCAGUGGCACGGUUCUAAGAUGAUUUCAUGUUAUAACUUUCAAUAGCCGUGAAUGACCAAUGUGCUACCAGAGAAUGCUGCUUUCUCUUUAAUACUAGCACUGGUGCUCUGUUUCUUGGUGGCACUGGGAAACUUUCUUUGUAGGUAUUUGCUUUGAAUCAAACUGCAAAUGUGAGUGAAUUUGACUUCCACAAGUAGCAACACACAUUGUCGCCCUAGCAACACACAUCGUCAUCACCUCCAGCUAUCUUGCAUUGUAUAUAACAUGUUUACUCAUCUAUAGCUUGUUCCGCGUUGUGCCGUUAGCCAGACCAUGAACUGCAUAGCUCUUCUCACUUUCCCUCUA